CCAAACCUCUAUAAAAGAGGUCAGCAGCUAACUGCCCUUUUUAUUUCUCUUUUUUGUCUCUCACUCUUUCUUGCUCUCCUAUUAGCUAUCACUCUCAUUAUCGGUUUUAGCAGAAAUCUUUGGUCGGAAAGGCAUAUUUGAAGGCUCAGAGUGAUGGGUUUAAGUUUAAGGUUUUGUCUCCUUGUUCAAGCCCUGGUCUUGUGCUGCACAUUAGUCGCCGGAGAAAGACGGCCGCGCCACGUUUCGACGUCGUCGCCGGCGGGGGAUCUGGUCCGGAAGUCGUGCGUGAACGCCAGCUUCCCGGGCAUCUGCUACCGGACCCUGUCGGAGUACUCCGGCGGCGCUAUGAGGACGCCGCGGGACCUGGCGCAGGCGGCGGUGGGCGUGAGCCUCCACCGCGCGGGGAAGACGUCGGUGUUCCUGCGGCGGCUGAAGGCCCGGAGCCGGCGGGAGAAGGCGGCGGUGAGCGACUGCGUGGAGCAAAUGGGGGACACGGUGGACGAGCUGAGCCGCAGCGUGGCGGAGCUGAAACACCUCCGGCGAGGGAUCGCAUUCGAGUGGCAGAUGAGCAACGUGGAGACGUGGGUCAGCGCGGCGUUGACCAACGAGGACACGUGCCUCGACGGGUUUAAGGAAGUUGAAGUGACCGUACGGUCGGACGUUAAACGCCGAAUCCGGAACGUCGCUAGGGUUACCAGUAACGCCCUUUACCUUAUCAACCAACUUGACACCUCCAGACACAAAUAAAUAAAACUUCCUUGCUUUUCCAUUAAUCAAUUAAUUAAUUUUUACUUUUAAUAUAA